AUGUCUAUAGCUCAUGAUAGACAAAUAUCUACGUCUGAGAGAAAGGAUUCAGGCAUUCAAUUGGUAGAUGAAGUGGAGCUAAGGAACAGCGAGAAUAACAGAAAGGGAAACGAGCUAGGAAAGUGUUAUCUGGAUCUUUUGCCCUUGGAAGUGAAAACAAGGAUUUUCAAAUAUUUGAGCGAUGUCGAGCUUGUUCGAAUAUCAAGGGUGAGCAUUGCAUUAUGGGGUUCGGGAGAACACGUGGUUAAUCGAUCGUGGUAUCGUUUAGCUUUCGACGGAUCAUUAUGGCCAAUCGUUGAUGCCCGGCCGUUUUAUCAAGACAUUGCUGCAAAGCAACUAGUAAAAUUGACCGUAUCAGCUGGAAGUUUUCUCAAGGUGCUUAAUCUUCGUGGUUGCAUCCAAUUAACACCAUUAAAUGUCUACGAAAUAUCCGCCUUCUGUCCAAAUAUCCAAUCCCUCCAUCUCUCAGGCUGCAGAUCUCUCGAUAGCAGUUCAGUAGUAGACAUUCUCAGCAAUCUGAGUAACUUGGAAACACUCGAUCUGUCUGGUCUGCUCUUUAUCAUCAACGCCCAUUGCGAAAUACUGAGCAAGCACUGUCACAAACUCAAAAAAUUAAACCUCAGCUGGUGUCAAUACAUAAACUCACGAGGAAUAGAGACUCUUGUCGAUGGAUGUACAGAGCUGGUCAAUCUGAAGAUUAAUGGGUUACCCAAGCUGAACGAGACCGCCUUGGCAAAAAUAGGAAUGUUAAAGAAUCUGAGAGUGCUGUCACUUGAUGCAUGUCCUACUUUAACCGACUCACACAUUACCGCCCUUCUUUGUGGUGAUUCUCAAUCUAUUGAACACGACCCACCGCCGUUGACUCACCUCAAUCUAUCAAACAAUCACAAUCUCACCGACGUUGCGCUGGAUGAACUUUCUGAUUAUUGUCCACAAUUGACACACCUCCAACUCCACAGCUGCUCGUCCCUAGCCGAAGAAGGCCUUAUCCGUUUAUCUCAGAAAUGUACGAAAAUAGAAGCACUUGAUCUGGAAGAUAUUCUCUCCAUCACGGACCGCACAUUACAUUCUUUCGCAUCGAACCUCCCUCAACUCAAAAUAUGUUGUCUAAGCUAUUGCGAACAAAUAACAGACGAUGGUGUAAUUGACCUUUUCAGAUCAUGUCCAUAUCUAUCCCAUAUCGACCUAGAUCACUGUCAACUACUCACUAAUGCUAUUCUAAGCAAUUUGACUACUAUUCUUACCCGAGAUGGAAGUAAACGAAAUAGGAAUGUGCAAGUGGAGAUAUUCGACUGCAGGAAUAUAACAGUAUCUGCUGUUAAAGAUGCAAUACGGAAAGUGAGCGGUGCCGGAGUAGUUCUCAAAGUGAAAGGCUAUUACUCUUGGCAGGCCAGCAAUGCCGACGACGAGGAAGAGGAUAGUAGGAGGAAUGCAACUGCACAAACGUGGCUCCCCAGAAGAUUGCUAAGGCCGUUUGGAGUAAGGAACGAUUUUAUUAGAAUAAGAUUGCCGGCGGCCAACGGACUUGGGGCAAGAGGGAACGCAAAUGCGAACGGAAAUGCAAAUACAGUUUCGAGGUGGGGUGGUUUUGGGAGAUGUACUAUAUUGUAA